AUGACUUACAGGGCAGUUUUUCACCUGCUCGUCCUGGCUCUGCUCUGCUCCCUCUUCGCGGACCAGUCGGAGGGAGCGUGUGCGGAGGUGGACUCGGACACGGAGGCGGUGGCUGGAAAAGGAUUCAAACUCGGCUGCAUCUCCUGCAAACGCCGCAGCGAAGUGAGAGGCUCCGCCACCGUGGAGUGGUACUUCAGACCCAAAGGAGAGGCCGACUUUGUCCACGCCCUGCCCACACUGGACCCACCCACACUGGACCCGUCCACACUGGACCCGUCCACACUGGACCCGCCCACACUGGAGCCGGCCACUGGACCUGCCCCCACUGGACCCGCCCACACUGGAUCCGCCCACACUGGAUCCGCCCACACUGGAUCCGCCCACACUGGACCCGCCCACACUGGACCCGCCCACACUGGAGCCGGCCACUGGACCCGCCCACACUGGACCCGCCCACACUGGAUCCGCCCACACUGGAUCCGCCCACACUGGACCCGCCCACACUGGACCCGCCCACACUGGAGCCGGCCACUGGACCCGCCCACACUGGACCCGCCCUCACUGGACCCGCCCACACUGGAUCCGCCCACACUGGACCCGCCCACACUGGAUCCGCCCACACUGGACCCGCCCACACUGGAUCCGCCCACACUGGAUCCGCCCACACUGGAUCCGCCCACACUGGAUCCGCCCACACUGGACCCGCCCACACUGGAUCCGCCCACACUGGACCCGCCCACACUGGACCCGCCCACACUGGAUCCGCCCACACUGGACCCGCCCACACUGGAUCCGCCCACACUGGAUCCGCCCACACUGGACCCGCCCACACUGGUUGUAACGUGUCUCACCCUCUCUCCACAGAUCUAUUCGUACACGGACGACGGCGGCACGGUGGAGCACGACCACUUCAUGGACCGCGUGGACUGGAACGGCAGCAAACGCAGCAUGGACAUCCAGGACGCCUCCAUCUACCUGCUCAACGUCACCUUCAACGACUCGGGGACGUACCGCUGCUUCUUGAACCGCAUCCUCUCCUACGACAACGACUUCGAGUUCAACAUCGUGAUCAGCAAAGUGGUGCACCUCACUGUGGUCGCCAAAGCGACCAGAGGCACGGCGUCCAUCGUGUCCGAGGUCAUGAUGUACGUGUCCAUCAUCGGGCUGCAGGUCUGGCUCCUCAUCGAGAUGAUUUACUGCUACAGGAAGAUCGCGGCGGCCGGAGAGGAGGCGCUACGGGAAGCAGCAAAUGCUGAAUAUUUAGCGAUAGCGUCGGAAAGUAAAGACAAUAUGGCAGGAGUGCAGGUCGGAGAAUAA